CUCCUACAGCUCGCAUUACAGUGAAGACUGGAGAGUGUGAGAGAGAGAAGAGCGAUAUCCAGCAUGGCCUCAUCCAUCCUCACCAUCCUGGCCUUCACUGCAACAUUGAUUUUAACCACAGUUUGUGAAGACUGUGACUCCUACUUCACUUCGAGUGGUGUAUUCAAAAGAGAACAGAGUUGCUCAUUUUACCAAUAUUGCUGUGGUUCCUGUGACAAUCGGUAUUGCUGUGCAAAUCUCUACAGUAAACUCGAUGAGGAUUCCUGCAGUAACAUGGACUUCAACACCGUUUCCAUUGCUGCUUUUAUAGUGGGCGCAAUCAUCUUCAUCACAUUCAUCAUAACCUGCUGUGUUUGUCCCUGCUGCUGCUUGUACAAAAUGUGCAGAAAACCAAGGCCGGUGAUGUCAACAGCCACAACCACAGUAGUAACCACCCAGUACCCUCAGCAGCAGCCCCCAAACCCGGUUUCUCAGUAUCCAGCCUACCAGCCAGUUCCUGCACAGCCUGGCUAUGGUGCCCAGCCUGGGUACGGAGGACCAGCCAUGCCCCCUGCCCUGUAUCAGAGCCAGCCUUAUGCCCCAGGACCGCCUCCUCCAUACCAGGAAAGUGGAGCAUAUUCUGCACCAUACAGCCAGGCUGCCUAUGAUGGUGGUCAGGCUCCGUACCCUCUCAGUCCCCCUGUAAAGCCUGGCUAUGCCCAACCUCCUCCACCGACUGACUGUACUGUAGCUCAGCCUCCAUACAACCCAGCCUACGUGGAACCGCCCAAAACCGGAUACUAAACCACAACUGUCUGACACCACGCAGCCUCGGCUGGAUUACAGACGCCUACAUACUUCCACUUUGGGUCACGCUGGUCCUAUAUGUGCCAUGUUUACCAUGGAAAGCCUCAAACACGACUUGUUUUCCCAUGUGAUUUUUUUUUUUUAAUUUUUUUUAUAUACAGUAUAAUAUAUAUAAAAUAUUCAUGUAUUCAUUCUCACCCAAUUAUUAUGAUACAAAGAUUCUUUAAAGUUAAGAAACAGCAUAUACGCUUAAGCUUUCCAUGGAAAAUAUAAAGCAUAUAGAACCUGUUUAACUCUAAGCCAUACUCUGUGUUUUUUUUUUUUUUUUGGUUGUUGGUGAGAAGUAAAAGGGAAUUGCAUAUUUCUUUGUUUCUUCAUUUUGAGUGUAGCAGUUUUACGGUGUGGGGCUGAAUCUAAUUUCCAGGUGACAGGGCAGGGAGUGUAUUGUGCGUGCACUUUUGACCUCAAAGUUGGCUGAUUUAUAAUAAAAUCCAUCUGUAGGAAGAAACUAUUGAAUUUAGAGGAGAAAACCUGGCGCUUGCUCUGACUUCAGCUGUUAUGGUUUAACACAGUAUGUAGUCUUUAAAAAAAAAAAACGCCCUAUUUAUGGUAAAAUGUGGGUAGUGUGGGGUAGGUGUUGCAGAAGACCCAUUCAUACUGACUAAAAAGGAAAAAAGUUGGAAAUGUCAUUACUUUUUAAUGUAGUGUAGUAGCAUAAUGUGGAAAAUGUAAUUACACAGAUUUAUAGUUUUACAUCACAAUACCAAAGGUUUAACCCUCUGUUGAGGAUUAUGAUGCCAGGAUAUUUUUUGUGAACAUAAUGUAUAAAGAUGGGUGUGGUAGUCUAUUUCCUUUCAGUAUUCAAGUUUUAGAUUCGUUUGUAUGUCCAAGGAUCCAGAAUAUGCCUUAUUUUUCAUGUUAUGCAGUCAUAGGUGAGGACAAUAUAUUAACCAGCAGAUGUGACUUCAAGGGUCGUAUCUAAUAUCAGUUUAAAAGAGGAUGUUCAGCUUUUUUUUUUUUAAACAUCUUUCAUGACAUCUUUGCGAUAGAAAUGAAGUUGGAAACUUGAAGACAGACUUUUGUGGGUGGUGAUGUUUUCAUUUCAGUCAGCCUGAUUGUUUCUGGACACAAGCAGCUCAUAUCAGGAGGAGAAAAAAAAAAAAGUUUGCAGCUGCACAAAAAGCUUGAAGUUGCGUAAUCAUGUACAACUUUCGGAAUUUUUUGGAAUUGUUGAAACUGUGUUUAAGGCCUCAGUCAGACUGUAAUAUUCGAAUUGUCUUCUUUCACCCUGUUCAUUCAGCUGUGCCUGAUUUUCAUCUCCACUCUGUUCCUCCUCCACAUGUAUGACUGGUUUUAGAUACAUGUAAAAUAUUUUCAUUCAGAACACCUCUAUACUUGUAAAAGCAAAUUAAAGAUGAAUGUGCUUGAA